CCGGUUCGAGCACCGUUUAAGCACCAGCACCGUUUCAAAGUACCGGUUUGGUACUGGUAUCAGAUAAAACCUAAACGAUACCCAUCCCUAUGUGGGGUACAGUGUGAAAAGACCAAUCCGUGAGGCCCAUCCCACAGCCAACAGGACCUAAAUCUAUCUCCGUAGACCUUGUAACAGGGCUUCCAGUAUUUCCUAAGUAGUGAGACAGACUGCUUAAGAUCAAUACUUAUUUAUAGGAGCACCUGUAAAUAAUGCAUGCAAAAAGCCCUUUGGUUAGGUAAAAUGUAAUGCAAGUGUAAUUAGAAACCUUUCAGUUUUGAUGAGGAGAAAGAAGCUCUGAUGCAUUCUUUGCAUGGAAAAUUUAAUGGGGUUACUCAGCAAUUAUCUACAUAUACAUUUUCCAGGAAAUUCGGAAAAAUGGUUCGGAACGUUCCAUUGUUUUUCAAGUGAGAAAGAAAUACAAAAGCCUAAUAAUGAGCACAACCUAUAAUUAUUAUAAAUGUGAUAAUGUCUGCGUUAUCCUGUGUUAAAGCACGUUGCCAUACAUGCUGGCUAGGUUUAUGCUACAUACAUUAACAUUAUUAACAUUGUUUGAGUUCUGCCCAGCUCAUUGGAUAAUAACUAAUCUAAUAAUCACAGGCACCAGCCAUAUAAAUGAAAACAUUUGCCUCUGAAUGACUGACUGACUUUAGUUGUGUUUCUUUGUUGUGUUGUUGUUGUUUUUAUGCUGCAGCCAACUACCAAUCAAAACGUGGUCCAUAAAGAGGCUCCUCAUCAACUAAGAUUUGGUUGGCUAAUAAUGGACACCCCUUAUAUUAGCUGUGAUAUUUAUGCUUCUGAGAUUCUUCCAAACAGUCCUGCCUUAUCCUCUCUGCCUUUGCUCUAAUGCCUGCAUUGCUUUUCUGCCUUCUCAAAUGCUGGAUUAUCGAUCAAUGUCUGUGGUUAGAGACAUUAGCUUCCAGUGAUGGAGGUCAGCAUAAUCUGAUCUUGCCCUUUACUUUGUGAGAUGGGCCCAGAAAAGCAAAGAUUCAACAUAUUUGAAAACACACUAGUCUGGCUGUGGGUGACUUUCACUAUACAGGCAAGAAUUCACGUAACAUAUGAUGAGAUUUUUAAUUUAAAAACAAUAAAUACAUAAAUAAAAAUGAGCUAAAAACUAUGGAUGCCAUUUUUACCAGGUAUUUCAUGACCAUUACAUUUUUUAUUGACCAAAAAAUAUAUAUUUGUUUAUAACAUCCAGUGUUGAACCACCUACAGCUGAUUCCUGCCUUACUCCACGUCUAGCUCAGGCUGUGACCUCAGAGGAGACUUUUUUUAUUGUUUUUUAAUUAUUUAUUUAUUUAUUUAUAUAAUAAAUUUUCAGUGAGCACUUGCUAGAGCCAUUACGUCUGGAAAGAGGAAAUGAAUGCAUGACGCAGCUGCUGUUUCUUCUCCAUAUUCAUUCAGUAUCUGUGCGCAUGCAUUCACUGAAGCACUGAUGUGGCGUCCUCACAAGCAUGCUGUGAUGCGGUGGCUGAGGAACAGGAAAGCGUAACUGCAGCUUUUAGUGCAGACACGGAGACAGAGGGAAGCAGAACAGGAUGGGGGGCUGAUAAAGCAACGACAAGAGGAAAAGAGGUGAAGGACCACCCUCGUCGAGCAUAACCGUUCGCAGGGAGCCUACCAAAGGGACCUACCCACACACACACACCAUGACCAGGCAGCCAAUCAGUGCGCUCACAUCCUUGAUCCAUCCUCCCGCGUACAACUGCUCAUCCAUGGCUCUGCAAGCAGAUGUGAGGUGAUACAGUAGAAAGCGACUGUGAGAGCCACUUAGACUGAAAACACAAGCUCAGUGUGUGUUUUCUUUUUAUUAUUAUUAUUAUUAUUGUUAUGUAUAGGAAGGAAGGCAGUGAUUUGACAAUAGCUGGAAUAAUGAGCAGCUGGUUCAGUUUCUGUCAAGAUAUAAGCAUUUAGUCAGCCUGGACAUCCUGCGGCUUCCGAACAAGCAUUUUAGCUUUACAAGUGUCUGUAUCACUUUGGUUUGCUUGCAUCGGAGACAUUAUGUCUCAUUUGACUGACACUGGAUGUGCUGCUUGAAAGAUAAGGACGACGGGGAUUUCGACAUUUGGUGAUGAUGACAAAACAUGUUGGAUAAGUGACACUUUGACAACGGAACAAGGGAAGAGAGGCCAUGAGAGCCAGGAGAGAGGCCAGGAUGGUGUCUGCCUGUUCACCAUGCACAAACAUAAGGCCAAGCAAAAGAAGUGGAAGAAACUGAUAUGGAAACCUCAAAGGUAGGAUGUAUCUCAAAAGACACACACAGCAGUGAUAUUGUGUGGCAGUUUGGGUGUGAGUCAUGUCUUUAAGGACAAACAGUACUUUCUAGCACAUCAUGCAGUCCUUCAUUCUCUAAAUGUACUUGCCUAUAAUAUCAUGUUUUUAAUUAAAAAAAAAAUACUUUCUUAACAUAAAGACCUGCAAGUUAUUACCUCUGAAAAUGCCAUGCUCAGGUCCACCAAGAGAGGGCACUGUUUUGACAUGUCUUAAAUCCCAAGAUGCAUUUCUGCCUUCCAUCAGCCUCUUAUGGUCCUCAGAUUUCACAGUGAGGAAGAUCCAGGAGCAAAACUGCUGUUGCAUCAUUUAACAAUCAUCCUGAUCCUGAUCAUCAUUUCAGGAGCGCAACCCAGUUAUGUGAAACUGUGCUUGUUCUUGCAUCCAGAAUCUAACUACCCAAAAGCCUCGCUGAAAGGACAUGGCUGUAGGCAAACUGGAAAGAUUAAAAAAGAAGUUACACGCCACUGAUUAUGCAAUAUCAGUUUAUUAGUGAAGCGAGGUUUUACUCAGCCUGUCUAUAAUUGCGCAGUAUCUUCUAUCUUAUUUCCUAGUGUUUUGGGAGUCACUCACUCAGGACUAAAUGUCAGAAUAUCUUUGUUCCAGUUCUGCUUCUUGAUUAACUUUCUCUCGAGAGUCCUUUCCUGGCACCGCUGUAUCCCAUUCUUAUCCAGUUUAUAAUAAAAUUUCACGAGUGCUUAAAGCAUGUACCGUACAUCAGAAUCAAUUCCCUGCACAUGAUUAUUACCAGCAGGAGAUUAUGUUGUGAAUAACACCGUACGUUUCUAACGACCAAGCUGAUUUUUAUGAAAGUUAGUCGGAGCAUUUGCGAAGAAAUUCCUCAUAACACUAAGUCAUUAGAGGACUCUGUCCCUCUCCCUUGAAUUUGACUGUAUUGAUGUAAUCCACUGUUUCCAGUUUUCACCCACAAAAUAGGCUUGUUGCGUAAAUAAAAGAAAGAUGAAAAAAGAAUUGAGAGGAGUGCAUCAAUGCAAAAUUGAGACCUUGUUGUUGCUUUGUCACCAUGAGUGACACAGAUCAGUUGUGUGGCUCAAAAUAGCUCAAACGUAGUUGUUGAAUGCCUUAUUGACGACAGCGGCAUAGCAACAAGUAGUACACAGUGUAUGUGUGUGUGUGUGUGUGCUCAGGUGGGCCUUAGCAUUUUGUUUCACGGACUACAUCUGCGUGUUUAUGUGAAGAAAGCACCCAAGGUCCACAUGUGGCCCUGAAGCAGCAGUUUGGACUGCUUCUGAUGGUAGCAGGGUCGUCUCUGGCAACAGCCCUGACUGACUAGAAGUGAGGGUUGUCGGGGAGGGGUCAGUCAAUAUCUCUUCACCCAAUACCUUAUCUCGCCACUGCUCUAUAGCCAGAGUCCUUUCAUAUAAAAAUAGCAUCCCUCACUCAGCCUUCAAGCUUUUGCUUCAGAGCGGACGAGUGUUUGCACGUCAUUGGCACUUAAAUACCACUGAUAAACGCGCUAAUGUAGACCGAACGCCAUCAUAGGGUGGACACUAGACUUCAAGUUAAGUUAAACCCAAGCAAGGACAUGAGCAAGAGCAUGAAGACACAGAUGGGUUAUUCUUUCACUCAUUGGGGCCUCUGAGUGUUUCCAAUGUUGAAUGAGCUCUCUGACAAAACCUCAUCUGAUUGUGCUGGCGUCCACACCACGGCAUUUCUCACUUCUUAAAGACAAGGUCAUCUGGACCUUUUUCAUACACAGACACAAAGAAAGAUGUUGGUGACAGUGAGAAGGUUUUUGAUAUUCAUACCAAAACAAAUCAAGUACUGAUAAUAAAAAAAGGAACAGAGCUACUUUAAUCUUGGGUAUAUAUAAUGAAAUAUUACUUUCCAGUAAAUGGAAAGCACGGCUUCCCCAGACGACUCUUUGACAUUUCUGUCCUUAGACAAAAGUGUCAGCAAUGCAGUGUUACAGCAGCAGCUAAAACCUAUACCGUACACUACUGGAUGUGGACUAGAUCUGGAGAGAUCAGCGAAACCCGAUCUGUGUCAUGACAUCAUUUUUCUGAAUGGCGCAUCUGUGUAUUUGAGGAGCUCAGGGUCAUGGAAGUGAUGAGUCACUGAUGUGGUGCAUUAGAGAGUAGACGUUACACUUUUCUGUUUUUUUCUGCUGGUAACUAAAUGACAUCAUGAUUAGUGAAUUCAAUUGUUUGAACCUCAAGGAGUCACGAUUUGUGAAGUCAAGCGUUUCAGACCUCUCACGCAAUUUAUUCCUUCAAAGGUCAAUGCACUUCAUUAAAAGCCUCUUAAAAGUUGCCAGGUAGCUGCAUUUCAGCCAAAAGAGGUGUAUUUUAACAUCAUGUGUUAGCAUAAGUUUCCAAGCUAAAAUGCUUUUUCUGCUCCAUCCAUUAGUCAGCUGUACCAUGGAUGGAUGGAUGGAUGGAUGGAUGGAUGGAUGGAUGGAUAGAUAAUCCCUAAAAAGAAAAAUUUAGGUUGGAGGCACUUCUCCGUUCUAAACACAUAUAGAGAUCCAUAAGAGAUAUAAGAUAUAUAUAUAUUAUUUUUUUUUUAUAAACUACACAAGAAAAAAGAAAGUGUAAGUCAGGGGUUUUCAAAAAGAUUGAAUAUCAGUAUCACGUUCCACAAUUUUAUGAGUGAGGCUGCCAAUAAAUGAAGCAGCAUUGAAGUUUAUCAUAAGCAUCUUCUUAAAGUACUCAGGAUGGGAGACGAGCAGAGCUCACACAGUGGCUGCUAAAAUCAUUUUAAGCAUCAUUAGCAGCUUACAGCGGGAAGGAGAUUGAAGACCAAGCACAGUAGUUUAGUUAGUAGUAAAUAUAUUACAUAAAUAUAUUACAAGGUGUCAGUUUGCAAUUUGAAGAUGUUUGAAACACUCUCAGUAAUGACCUGAGGAAAUAUAUAAUUUUUACUGAUGGGAAUGACUGAGUGACACCAUCAGAUGUCCUCCAUUCACACUGUUAGUGGGAGUGGAGCUGCCAUCGAUCAAUUUUAUGAAAAGUUAAUCAAGAAGUACAAUGGGCCCAGAUCUGUGCACAAAUCACGCUUAAAGGUUUUUUGCACACAAAUCAAUGAUUUAUCAAUAUUUUUUUCAGACCAAAAUUUGUUCUUAUUUUCCCCAAAAAAUGUCCCUCUGACCAGUGAAGGCGUGGCAGGCUUAAGACAUGCAAAGUAUUAAGUGUUCAACAGGAAUGCUGCUACUAGUAUUUUCUUGUUAUUGUUAUUGUUGUUGCCUUUUGGUCAUUUUUUCAAUGCUGCCUAAAAGACCAUAAACCACAAAGUGCUUAGAAUUGCAACUAAAUAAAGCAAAAAAACACUGAAUAUCAGAAAACCAAACACUAAAAGGAAACAUGUAGACUUUUAUCUUUUCAUUUAAAUCUAUUCCAGUAUUCCUUAUCUGAUCUCACCCUAUGUUAAAUUGUCUAUUGUCUAAUAGUCUAAUUUUUUGGCACUAUCCCAGGGAAGCUGGAGAAACUGGAUUUUCCUUUUCCCCUAUUGCAGGGAGUUUCUCAUCUCCAACUGACAGAUCACGCACUCUUUUGUCCUCCACCUGUUUUCUUCUUUUACUUGUAGUCUGUUAGUCUCUUCUUACCUUUCGUUUUCUCACUUUUUGUUUUUUACUACCACAGUAUCUGUUUAAUUUUAAAAGAUCCUCAGAUCCUCUGUUAUUUUAGCCUGAGCCAUGCUUUUUCAUUUGUUUGUUUUAUUUUAUUUUAUUUGUUUUGUUUUGUUUUGUUUUUACUCUCAUUACUCCCAUGGAACCACUUUUGUAACCUUUGUCUUCUCUGACUUCCUCUUUGGACACAAUAGUUUUAGUUCUGCUAGUCUGCUUCACAUAUAUGUAGCUUGCACAACACUGUUGGUUCAGAAUGAAUCUGAUGUACUAACAAGUGCACAGUGGUAAGAACAAAAUAGGCUGGUAUGCACAUAAUUUUGCGUGCACACUUUUUUGUGCAGGGUAGGAAAGUUUCCAUGCACAUGUUUGUAAAUGAAGGCCAAUAUCUCAAAACCACGAUUAAGCUUUACUGAAGCUAAAAAAUUGGACUAGUCUACCCAUAUUGUUUAAAAGCUGUUACCUUACAAACUAGGCUAUUUCCAUGUGUUUGGGGCUAUUUAUAAAAUAUUCAAACUGGUGUUAUUUUUCACUAUGUUUUGCUGAAGAACAGUGAAAUGAUUUGAAAUGAAAUUAUGGAUAAAAUCCAGAUUUAGAUCAUAAAAGAAAAAGAACUACAACUCUACCAGACUCCAGCUACCAUGUUACUGUUUAUAAUGUGUUGUCUACUUACUAAUCCUCAAGCCUACACCCACGUUGUUGUUUAGGUUUUUAAUCCCAAAAUCCCGUUCUCCUCCUUUUCUCGUCUUUGUUUAGUAAUUAUGGAUGUGUGCGUUGCAGGUUUGUUUUAAAAGAAACAUCGACCCAUUUCCAUCUUGCUUGUUUCAGCAGAAACAGGAAGUGGAAGGCUGUUUUUUGGGGGGGGGUUUAAAGAGUGCUUUAAUGUCAGCACGUGCAGUACUUUGUUCUUUUAUUCAUGGCACACGUGCCAAGCAGGCAGAAGGCCAUCUGUACUUUACUUUAUCACUUUGUGGGUCAACCUGAUAUUGAACGUGACGACUGUCACUUUGCAGUGUUGCUUGAUUCUUGCCAUUAAACAUAAACAUAUUUUACCAUUGGAUCAGUCUGGUUUUCCUUACACUACUUUUAUUUUUAUGUCAGUGUUGGCCGUCUGCAUAUUGUCUCUUUUGUCCUCCUCGGUGCGAUGCCUGCUGCUUGUGUGUUUUCAACAGAAUAUUAAAUUUCACUAAGCCACCCUGAGCUGAUGUUUGUUGUGUGCUGUUGUCCGAUGUUUGCAUCUGUUCAGACUUAUUCUUACUGUGAGACGUUGGCUGUGUCCCCGGCUUAUCUGUUGCUUCUGUUAGUCGUGCAUGUCAGCUUGCAUCGCUGUGUCAUCAUCUCAUCUCAACAUCGCUCAUGUGACUUAAGUGUUUUAUUCAUUCCUCUUCACAUUAUAAUCAUGAACGUUUAGUAACGUUUGAGUUCACAUACUGACGUUUUAUUCCAAAUAUAAUGUUUGUAUCUGUUUGUCUUUUUUCUUCUUCCUUCAAACAGCAAACUACAACGAAAUGCUAUUGUUGAUGUGUACCCACGUGCAUAUACGAUGUACGCCUGUGUUUGCGAGCUGUAAAAGUGUGCUCUCUCUCCCCACGCUGUGACCUUGGGAACUCAGAUUAUCCAACAUGGUCAGUUAAUCGAUAAACAAAACUGUCAGCUGGUCACGUGACCACCAAUUCCCCCUCUGUGGUCACAGAGUAAAGAUGAACGUGGGAGGGUCAUCCAUAUUGACAGAAACCAGUGCGAGAGUAAUCCAUUCUCAGCUUCAGAGUAAGAAAUGCCCUGCGGGCAGAAUGAGUGAGUCACACUCACCACACCAUCCAAUCCCACAAGGCAGUGUAGAGGGAUUAAUGCAGAUUAUCUGCCAAUGCUAUUCUUAGAUAUAAAUGAAAAAUCUCUGGAUCAGAUUAUGGUUCAAGGAAUGCUAAAAACGAAGCUGAGAAAUCACAUGACCAGUGUUUUGCAGACUUACAAGGACCUACUAUCCGUAACGCCUAUUCAAUAAAAUACUGUAUUAGUGUAAAUAAACAUAAAAUUUUAUGUCUUUGGGUGAAAAAAGGAAAUGUUGAACACAUUAUUUAUUUAACAUUUAAAGUUUAUUUUAGAGUUUAUCCUGACAAUAAGUCAUUUUUCCUGAUCCCAUAUUGAAUACUUUUAUAAUAACACUUUAUCUGAACAUAACAAAUAUUUUUCUGCAGAAGACUCAGCUACUCAGUGACCAGCAGGUGGCGUCGGUGAGAGUCAAACAGUCAGUGACUGUUUGAGUCUUCACCAGAGGAGCUGUCCUUUCAGCACCCGUGUCUCCUGUGUCUGAGCUCAAGCCCUGUCAAGAUUCAAACUACAGAUACACACGAAGAAACCUGUGAUAUAGAAAAAUCAAUGAAGUUUACAAAGGCAGCAGAACUAGUAAAAUGUCACAGAGACCCAUCUGGUGAUAGUGACAGAAAUGAGCAAUGCAUGCUCCAUGUUGCAGUUGCUUUACAAUAGCUGGGUUCUGCUUUCAUUAAAGACUGAAAGCCUUGGCAGGUGACAUCUCACUCCCUAAUCUGUGAAAGACUCCCUGGAAUUUUCCAGAAAUCAUGACCACCACUAAUCUUACAUGGAACAUAUUCACAUCAUUAUUUUUUUCAUUAUUUUUAUUCUUUUAUUUAUUUAGUUCCCUGGUUUUUUUUUUAGCAGUCUAAAAUAAGGUGUGCACCAUAUGGCCACUGUGUGAGAUGAGUCUUUUUAUUUGAAUGAAGUUCAAGCUCUCACAGCUUUAUCCUGGGAGAGCGAUUAGAGUGCUCUCACCUCACUUCCUUCCCUCUUUUCCUUUCCUCACUUUUUGCCCCUUUCUCCACAGUCCUAUUGCAUUCACAUUAGCUGCAAAUGCUGGCUAACAGUAGAGAAAGAGGCUGUCCAUCUGUCUGCUCUUGCCCACUCCUGGUGAAGCGAUGAAAGUUGCACUCACUGAGCGUUGUCACCGUGAGAGUUUUUCAUGAUAAAAGUAAUCACAGUGGGGUCUGGGGGCCUUUUGAGAGUGAGCAGCUGCUGUCUAUUUCCUCUUUUAGUCAUGGAGCACAAUUUGCAAUCCUCUGAGAUAAGACAUGCUCAAAUGUGCAAAGAUGAAUUUAUGCUGCUGACAUAUUAUAGACAUUAGAAAUUAUUUGCCAGACUACUGUAAAAUAAUGUAUAGCAGCUCAGUAUCAUUCACAAAACCGCAAAAAAAUAUAGAUUUUCAAAAAUCUUGCAUGCUUAUGUUAUUCAGCACUUCUUAAUGUGUGCAUUAGCAACCACAUACACUCACAGUAAUCCACCAGUUAGCAAGCUCCAUCCAGAGACGGUGUAUGGGUGCAUGAUGUAGACACAGAUACCUGCUAAGUAACGUGUUAAAUAUUAGAAGCGAUGAAGGUUAACGGAUUUAACACAAUAUGCGUUCCCAAAUACUCGAUAUAGAGAUACAAGUUCUAGACUCACAUCUGAGUAGAUUAUGAUGUUGUUCCCUCUCUCCUACAUAUAACUUCUGAUUUGUUACAGUUCAGAGCAUGAUUGCAUUGCCAUAAAUAGAUGAGUUGUUAUACUCCGCUGCCACGGCUCAUACUUUAAUCAGAAAUCUCUGUGGCGUUAAUGCAGCAUUAUAGCAACACAGGAGUUUUCUAUGUGUGUAGCGAGGUGUUGGCUUAGAACUGUCUUUAACUUUGGCCUACUGGCUGUGACUGGAGCAUAUUAAUGUUAUUCGCAGACUGAAGUACUCAAUUUAUCUGUAUUAUCUGCGUGCUAUCAUUUUAUUUAUUGGUCAGGCAUGUGCUCACUCACGUGGCAACAUCUACAUUUUAGAAAUCAAAGUGAGUGAUUGAAGGUCAGUGGCUCAGGCUGAGUUCAAUAAUAACUUAUUAUAACGAAACUGUGCUUUAAUAAAAUUGCUUACACAGUUUAACCAUAGGUUGUGAUAAUAAAACAAAUGUAUUCAAACAACAGAAAAAGACAUCUCUCCAAAACAAACACGUUUCAGUAAAAUAAGAGGUCUACAUUCGAAUCAGAGUACUUUAUUAAUAAUUGAGGAAAUUAUUAGAAUUGUUAUUCUAGAUCUUUAGAGCAUGUGUGUGUUGCAUCUGUUAUGGUAUUAGUCACCCCUAAUGAGGUGUAAUUCGUGUGCAGUGCUUUAAGAAGAUUAAACAGGAAGAAUGGGCUGCACCUUCACCCAGCGUCGGUGCUAAAGUCAGUCAUAGUUUUUGAUUACAGCUUCUGUUAAAGUGAAUGAUCAGCUGCUCUCUGAACCCUGUGGCCUCAAGUGAUCCAGGGAAGAGAUAAACGGCUACUUCUGUGUUCAGUGGACCGCAAACUUGAAAGCACGAAAUACUCAGCCAUUUGUUUAUGUGUCCUUUUUUUGUAUUAGUGGCCUUUGCUAUAUUUUACAGCCAUUCAAUGGUUGCGAGGCACAGACUGUAGUUCAAAGAUGAGCGAGACAGAUUUGUCACUCCACAUUUCUGGAUAUUUUCUUCAGAAAGUUGAGUUAUCAUUUAUAGAUCGUCAACCUGCUGCUCACUGAUAUAGUUUAAGAUUAAAAUGACUGACCUCACUGAGCUCAGUGUUAUGAUGUUCAUGCGCUAAGCCUAACGGGGCGGAAAUAAUAACAUAUGAUUCUGAAGGGGACCAAUCACCCUUUUUCUCAAAUAUCCUCAAAAUGUCCCCGCCGUUUGUUGGUAAUUUAAUUAAAAGCUUUUGCUUUUACUACUACCACGCACCAGUGCCUGAAAAAUAAUGAGCAAAUGGAAUCAUAAAUUCCCAUAACUUAAAUAUACUCUAGUUUUUUGAGUGGUUUGUUGCUUUAGCUUAGCAGAAGCUGCUGCUAAAAAAGCCACGUGUAGGUAUAAUAAAUGUCAAACACUGCACUUCUCUACAGUGUAUUUAAAAAUAAAACUACAAAUUUUUUGGAAAACUAGAAUAACAGCAUAAUACACUCACUGGCUACGUUGGAUAGUUCCCAUUAUUUGUUGACUGGGCAGUUAUUGCUGACAGACUUAUGAACCCAGCACCCAGAACUAUCCCCCCCACCAAUUAGGGCUGUUUGAUUUAAAGUCAAGUUACUGCAGUUAUAAAACACUUACUAGCCAACUAAGCAAACUGAGUUACCAUGAAGGCCAUCGGAUUCAUCAUGUGUGCAGGCCACAUAGCUAUAAACACAAGUACCCCACUACACUCAAUGCAUUAAGAGAUUAACAGGGUUAGCCGCUGACACAGAUCAGGGGUGGAGACGAGUACGAGAGGAAAGAAUUGCAGCAGGUUCCCUCAAAUAAUGCUGUUCUUGUAUAGUCGGAGUUGAGCACAGGGGUAAAUGCAAAGAGGAUGUUGUGGCACGAGCCUACCACCCUGCUCUAGCCCUCUCUGCUAGGCUAGUUAUGCUUAUCUUGGAGAGAAAUAGAGAAAGAGAGCCAUCUAGGGAAAAGGACAGAGAGAACAGGAGGGAGGGGGAGGGAGGGUAGAGAUCCUGCGCCUGCUCAUAGUGAGCACAGCAAGUGCAGCUUUCAUCCGCAGCGGAGGCUGAGGCAGAGAGAGUUAGAGUGAGCGAACAGAAGCUCGAAGCGACAGUGUGCGAGCCUGAUUGAAAGCCGACCAGGCUUUAAAGAAAGGAGCAGCAACUAGCCAUGUUGGCUUUUAUUUGCAAUCACUAGCCCUCGUGCUUCUGCUGCAUGCUGCAGCUUGCUUUGCGAAUGUUGCAGUGCAGGUCACCUCCUUCUCUUUUGGGAAAAAUGAGGAACCCCAGGGAGGUGUGAAUUUCUGGCACAAGUGCUCAGCACUGCGGCAUCUUGGUCCGAGAGAAGGAAUGUAGCAGAGAGGUUGGAGAAAGCCGAGAGGAUCAUCCAUCCAGACUUCGGUUCCCGACCAUCCGUCAGCCUGUGCGUGUCUCUCUUCCCUUCUUCUCCCUGUGCAUCUCUCCUGGUCUGUGUAUGGGAGGUGAGGCACUGGCAGGCUGUCAGUCAGCAUGCGGCGGUGUGAACGGGCAGCCCAGUGCCCACAACACGCUAUGGAUAUCAGACACUCCUCGCUGUACUAAUGAAAGGCUUCAAGCUCGCCUGCACUGCCAGUAACUCAAACAAGAGCACGCCCGCCUGCUCACCAGUCCUGCGUAAACGCUCGCGCUCACCCACACCACAGAGCCAGGAGGGUGAGAACAUGGUGGAGAAGGGUUCAGACCACUCCUCUGACAAGUCCCCCUCCACGCCUGAGCAGGUUGUCCAGAGAACGUACUCCGUGCAGUCGGCGCGAAGCGGGGGAAAGAACUCAAAGUCUCACAAGCGUCUUUCCAAAUAUGACAGGCUAAACCUGAUUAAAAAGAGCCAAAGCUGGUACAACCAUGAAAGACAACACAUCCUGAGAGUGCUGAGCCCGACAUACAAGCAGCGCAAUGAGGACUUUAGGAAACUCUUCAAGCAGCUCCCUGACACAGAGAGACUCAUUGUGGACUACUCCUGUGCUCUUCAGCGGGACAUCCUCCUGCAGGGACGACUCUACCUCUCUGAGAACUGGAUCUGUUUCUAUAGCAACAUCUUCCGCUGGGAAACGCUGCUGACGGUGCGGCUAAAGGACAUCUGCUCAAUGACAAAGGAGAAGACCGCCCGGCUCAUUCCCAAUGCCAUCCAGGUCUGCACAGACACUGAGAAGCACUUCUUCACCUCGUUCGGAGCCAGGGACAGGACGUACAUGAUGAUGUUUAGACUGUGGCAGAAUGCGCUGCUCGACAAGCCUCUGUGCCCCAAAGAGCUCUGGCACUUUGUUCAUCAGUGCUAUGGCAACGAGCUCGGCCUGACCAGUGACGACGAGGACUACGUUCCUCCCGAUGAUGACUUUAACACCAUGGGGUUCAGUGAGGAGAUUCCCAAUGAGGAGAACGAGAUCAACAAUGAUAACUUGUCCAAGAACAACGUAGAAGCCAAGCCUGAAGGGAGCCCUCCUCCUGUACAAAAGAAGCUCAUCCCAAACAGCACCAUCCCCACCCCUGGCAACCACGAUACCAUCACAUUUGACCUCCCAGCUGAGGAAUAUGCAGACUGCCUGCCAGAUGGUGAUCUUCUGGCUGUCCCUCUGGUGGUGGAGGAAAAGAAUGAGACCAGUGGGCCUGCUGGUCCUGUCCCAUCGCCGUCACUGGACUUCAAUGACAAUGAAGACAUCCCCACUGAGCUCAGUGAUUCUUCAGAAACACACGACGAGGGAGAGGUACAAGCCUUCCAUGAGGAUCUCAAUGGCAGGCAGCAUAUCAAUGAGAUCUACAAGUUCAGUGUGGACAAGCUGUAUGACAUCCUUUUCACGGAGUCUCAGUUCAUGAGUGAUUUCAUGGAGCAGAGGCGAUUCUCAGAUAUAGUGUACCAUCCAUGGAAGAAGGAGGAAGAUGGGAACCAGACCAGAGAAAUCAUGUACACCAUCUCUCUGUCCAACCCCCUGGCUCCCAAAACAGCCACAGUCACUGAGACACAGACUCUAUACAAAGCCAGUCAGGAGAGUGAGUGUUACAUCAUUGAUGCUGAGGUCAUCACACACGACGUCCCCUAUCAUGACUACUUCUACACUCUCAACCGCUACAUGCUCACGAGGGUGGCCAAGAACAAGUGUCGGUUACGGAUAUCAACAGAGCUGCGUUACAGGAAACAGCCAUGGGGGCUGGUAAAAGGCUUCAUAGAGAAGAACUUCUGGAGUGGGCUUGAAGAAAACUUCCGCCAUCUUGAGUUGGAGCUGUCCAAGCUGGAGGAGAUACUCAUGGAGACUCACCAGCUGUCUCCAAAGGCAAAAGUGGUGAAGAACUCCACGGUGAGGCGCAAGAAGAGGCCGCUUCCCCACAUGCGCAGCCAGCAUCUGGAUGAGGCCCUAAGCCCCGUUACCACGCCGACAGAUGAGGAAGUGAUCCAGAGGAUCAAACACGUGGCCGGCUCCACGCAAACGAGACACCAGAGUCCAGAACACCUGCCCGGAGGUUUCGCUCUGUACAGCGUCUCCAAACUGCUGCUCAUCAUCAGCUUUGUGAUCUGUCUCAGCCUGGUCCUGCUUGUGUUCCUCAACAUGAUGCUUUUCUACAAACUGUGGAUGCUGGAGUACUCUGCGCAGUCCUUAACAACCUGGCAAGGUCUGCGGUUUCAUGAAAGUAAACUGCCUCAGACGCAGAUGGAGUGGGCCCAACUCCUGGAGGCACAGCAGCGGUACCACGAUGCUGAGCUGCAAAAGUGGAGGGAGAUUAUCAAGUCAUCCGUAGUGCUGCUGGACCAGAUGAAAGACUCUUUAUUGAACCUCCAGAGAGGCAUUGGUUUAAGGGACUACCCCUCUGAGACUGAGGAGAAGCGCAGUCGCUAUCACUGACACACUACCAUCAGGCCAUGAGGGCAUGCUGUGCAAUACGGGACCUGUUUUCUUUUUGAACCAGUAUGCCGUCAGCGGCAAGACAGAGAGAGAACAGAGGGGGGUGGUGGGACCAAUAGUGAGCGGAUCCAUGGACAUAAAGAGAGGAACAGUCAUCUCUAGCGUAUGGAAGUUAAAACCACCCCCAGAGGACGAAACCACGGACAGAAAGGGUCCCGAUCACACACAGGAAUCGAGCUAUCCCCAACAAGAGGAGGUGCAAGACUUGCUUCCUCUAAACACCUUGGGGAUAACCGUUUCCUUCUACUCUCUUUAUUUCCAAGUGCAUCCUACUGUAAGCCAUGUGAGCCAGGAGCGUGGCGGAGAGAGCGAAGGAAAACUACUGCAUGCAUUUAGACAACCUAUCUCCCCUCAGUCAGUGUUAAUGUGGUCCAGUUCCAGUCUAUGUGUGUCUGAAAAAGAACAGAAGAAGAGGAGAGAUUGAGUCAAAGAAAAGGGGAGGGGGAUCCUUUUGAGUCUUAACGGCUUUCUACACUCUCCGACUGUUCCAAAUCAAUCGUACCCUAGAGGUCCUCGCUGCAGCGUCCCUUCAGUAAACCUCCAGGUGAUCAGAGGACAGGUUCACUCCACGAGAAAAGACAUAUUGUAGCUGGGAGAUCAGCUUCACUGAUCAGCCCUUAUUGCCUUGUUUGAGCCUGGACUGUGUGGUUUCUGUCCGGGCUGGUUCCCUGACAUACCGAUGAGUAGAGCGUAAGAUUGAUAAGAUGCGAUUCGCAGGCUCGGUUUCUCCCAUCACAGUGUUACCUACCUUAUGUCGCAUUAUUUCUCAUCCUUCUGAUGAAGUCGAAUGUAUUAGUCUGGGGGAAAAAAGAAAAAAAAAGGCUGGACUUU